AUGGAUGGCCGUCGACAGGAGGGUGGCCACAUCACUCACACAGCUGGAAAGUUGUACUUUGGGAGCGCAACAGAUCAGCCAGGCACUGGUGAAGACGACAACAUCCUGUACCAGACCAUUCUUAACAAUACUCGCAUCUUUGGCCAAAUCACCCCUGCAAACUACAUGAAGUUCUUCGCCACCGAGCCAGAGCAGGGGGUAUUCAACUUCACCGGGGGACAAGUUGCAGUCGACAUUGCCAAGGACCAUGGGAAAUACCUCCGAUGUCAUAACCUCGUGUGGAACUCUCAGUUGAGUGACUGGGUUGUGAAUGGUACCUGGACACCGGAGACCCUGACAGCAGUCAUGGAAAACCAUAUCAAGACCUUGAUUACCCAUUUCCAAGAUGACUGCUAUGCUUGGGAUGUUAUCAAUGAAGCGGUUGCCUCAAAUGGUAGCUUUUCGUCUAGUAUUUGGUAUGAUACCAUUGGACCCGAAUACUUUUUCCUCGCAUUCCAGUUCGCACAAGAGGCAGUCGAGGCCACCGGCAAAGACAUCAAACUGUACUAUAACGAUUAUGGUAUUGAAGAUACCGGCAACAAGACACAAGCAGUGUACGGUCUGAUCAAGGAACUAAAGUCCAGAGGUAUUCGCAUCGAUGGUGUCGGUCUGGAGUCUCACUUCAUCGUCGGAUCAACACCCAGCCGUGAAGAGCAGGUCGCAGCCAAACAGGGAUAUGUCAGCCUCGGGGUUGAGGUUGCCAUCACAGAACUUGACGUUCGUUUCGAACAAGCAAAUGCCACCAACUCGACAGGAUUUGCCAUUCAGGCUCAGGACUAUUACGAUUCAGUGGCCAGUUGUAUGGACGUUGAUGGAUGCGUGGGAGUGACGGUAUGGGAUUUCGACGACCAGUAUUCCUGGAUUCCUGGAACUUUCCCUGGUCAAGGUGCAGCAACACUUUACAACGCAGACUUCACGAGAAAGCCAGCGUACUACGCAGUGGGGGAUGCUCUCCAAGGUGCCCCAUGCUCAGUAUGUUCUGCCUGA